AUGGCACAUGCAUCUACCCUGAGUGGGAGGGUGUGUGGGUUCAUCGUUUCAGGAUCCCUCUCAGUGUCAGCAGAAAAUCAGCCAAAAUCUUCUUGCCUGCUGAAUGGCAGCUUGGGCUUGAACAUCGUCAGUGCAAUCUGUUCUGUGGUUGGAAUCAUACUCUUCAUCAUGGAUAUGAGUCUUGCCCCCACUCAUGCCAAUUCUUAUCUAUUGGGCUGCACCCCUGCUCACAUUCUCGCCUUCCUGCCCAUGACUAUGGAUAAGGGGUCAGCAAAGACCCCUGGCAUGGCUACUUGUGGCGUGCUGCUCGACUUCUGCCUCCUGGAGUUCUGUAUGGCAUGUGCCUCUUCCCACUUUGGAUGUCAACUGGCCUGCUGUCCACACAACUACGUGGGCGUGGUCCUCCCCAGUGUCUGUGUGGCAAACCCAGGGGUCAUCCCAGAACCAGUGAACUUGCCACCGACUUAUUCCAGCGAGGUCCAGGGCUCCAGAUAA